CGGCACUCACAAGCUUGUGUGCGACGCGCUAGCAGUCUUGGGUCAGCAUUGCGGCGAUAACCAAAUGAUUAGUAACUUUUAAUCAGUAAAGCCACACUCAACUGUCCAUCAUGAAACUCAAAAUUUUUGAAGCAUUCCAGCAAGAAACUGGAACUGACAAUGAGAAGAAGCAUGGUAUUUCGCUAUGGCAAGCUGCUAUAUUCAUUGCAGCGCAAAUUGCGGGCAGCGGUGUCCUAGCGCUUCCAAAGGCAGCAAGUGAUGCAGGUGGAUGGUUGGGCCUUGGAAUCAUGCUGGUGCUGUGCGUCAAUGCAACCUUCUCCGGGGCCCAUCUGGGCCUUUGUUGGGCCAUCGCCGAAAAACACUAUCCCGAUCUGAAGGCGCAUGUUCGCAAUCCGUAUUCAACGCUUGGAGAAAAGGCGUAUGGCAAGUGGCUCAGCGUGCUGAUUUCCAUUGCGAUGCAAAUCGAGCUGAUCGGAACAGGUACCGUUUUCCUCUUGCUCUCUGCGCAGAUCAUCGAAACGCUCCUACUGCCCUACAACCUGAGCGUGAACGCGUGUGUCUGGCUGCUUGUGCUGGCCGCCCUUCUUUGUCCGGCCAUGUGGCUCGGCUCGCCGAAAGACUUCUGGCAAUUUGGAGUUGGUGCUUUGCUGACGACACUGACCACCUGCAUAAUUGCCACUGUAGAGAGCAUCAAUGACGCUUCAUCUGGUCUCCUACCGCCUCCAGACACUUCUGUUACAUUAACACCGAAAAGCUUCUUCCUUGGUUUCGGCGUGAUCAUAUUCAGCUUUGGCGGCGCCUCGACAUUCCCCACAAUUCAGAAUGACAUGCGAGAGCGAGAGAAGUUUCCGCUGAGCGUGGUGAUCGCGUUUAUGGCAAUUAUCGCGAUGUACCUGCCGGUGACCGCGGCAGGAUUCGCCGUCUACGGCCACAAUGUGCAGUCCAGCAUCCUUAACUCCAUCUCGUCUGGACCGGCGGUGACAGCCGCCCAGAUCUUGAUCGCGCUGCAUUUGCUCACGGCCUUCGUUAUCCUCACCAAUCCAGCAACGCAGAACAUCGAGUAUUUACUCAAUAUACCACAUAAAUUUGGAUGGAAAAGGUGUCUGGUGCGCACUUGCGUCCUCUUGCUGAUGGUCUUCAUUGGUGAGUCGGUGAGAGACUUUGGAAAAGUGUUGGCUCUGGUCGGCGGCUCAUGCACAACCAUGCUCAACAUGGUCUUCCCUCCGAUAAUUUUCCUCAAAUUCAAGGCCACUCUUGAGUCGGAGAGCCCCGUCCCUCUGUGGAGGAAAAUCUACCUGAUUGCUAUUAUUUCCAUCGGUGUGGUGGGAGGGAUUGCGGCCACCUACAGCGCCAUCCUCGACAUCGUGGGUCCAGGUUCUUUCAGAAGACCCUGCUACCUGCCCUGAUGAUCUCAGCGUGACUGCUAUUUUGGGGGAAUAUUAUUGAACAUAUAUGCAAAUAAUAUGUAUAUUUUUAUACGAAUUGAAACCAAUUUGGAAUUUAACCAAUGACAUCUUGUUAAUUGUUUUCAUAAAUAAGCUAUCGGCUCGAAAAGGCAUUAAAUAUAAAUAUGCUACCAC